AUGUCACUGACAGUCGAUUUCGGAAAUUGCGCGUGGGAGAAAAUCGAAGUUUUCGUGGAGAAAAGGCGGCAUUCAAAAGGAAAAUCCAGUGGUGUAUUACAUGAAAGACGUGUAACAUCACCAAGCUUUGUCGGCAGCUUUGCUGCGUUGCUGGUGGCCAUCACCGCUGCCCAACUGUGGAUGAAAUACCUCCGAGCAGCUGGCUUAUUGUACCGGAGACCUCCGGAACGCUUUCGAGAAUGA